CUUUUUAUUGUUCAUCGUUUCUUCUCAGAAGCUGCAGAGCCAACCAAAAGAAAACAACACAAUCGAUUUUGGUUGUGGGUGUUAGUGAUAAAGACAUGAUAUAAUUGAUAGAUAUUAUAGUUUGCUUUAUGAAGCAGGUUUCUUGAGAAGCAAGUCUCUCUAACAUGUAUUCAAGAAGAGUAAGAGGGACCUCGGUAGACUUUGGCACAAUCACGGCGAUCGCCAUUGAUAAGGACAAGAACAGCCAACAUGCCUUCAAGUGGGCCGUUGAAAAUCUCCUUCAAGAUUCUCCACAAUGUGUCCUUCUCCACGUUCAAGCAGGAAACAAUCAAGACGAGACACAUCAAUUGUUUCUUCCUUUCAGAGGAUUCUGCACUCGAAAAGGAAUCAUAGCUAAGGAGGUUAUUCUUGGCGAUCUUGACAUCUCCAAUGCUUUGGUUAAAUACAUAAGCAACAAUUUUAUUGCAAAUAUCGUUGUUGGCGCAUCUGCACGCAACUCCUUCCUCAAGAAGUUUAAGAGUCCAGAUGUGCCCACAACUUUGCUUAAGACGACUCCAGAGACUUGUGCCGUCUUUGUUGUGUCCAAAGGUAAGCUAUCAAGAAGCAAAUUUGCGACUCAGCCUCAGAAAAUUUCGAGACAACAAAAUCUCUCUUUUUUGUUGUACAACUCAACGAGCUCCAUUUCCAGUGAUUCCGAGAGGGCAUCUUCAUCACCUGUAUCUACACAAACCAACAAACCAAUAUCAGAUUCCUACCUAUCCUAUUCACCUCGCAUCUCACCACCUCAAUCUGUAAGUGAGAUUUCUCACUCAGAGAGGACUGACAAUGGCAGCUACGGUGUGGUAUCAAGUGUGAGUUCUUACACCAUCUCUUCAAGUUCUACUACCAACAGAAGCUCGAUCUCUUCAACGUCCACGGAAAGUCCACUUGCAGGAAAUGUCGUGGAACAACAGAAUCAAAAUCUUGAAGCAGAGGUGAGGAGACUAAGACUGGAGUUGAAGCAGUUUAAGAAGAACAAAGAUACUACAACCCAAAAAGAAAACUCUCAAGAACUUCAAGUACCUAGAGCUACCGCAACCCCAAGGUCAGAGGAAGCAAUAGAAUUGCCUAGAUUAUUUUUUGAGAGGGAAAAGCAGAAAAGGCAGUCUGAAAUCCACGCAGCUGAAAUAGCAAAGCGCAUAGCGCAAAUGGAGAGCCUAAAGAGAAGAUUACAAGAGAUGCAAGCCAAUUUAGAGAAAGAGAGAAUGGUCAAUGAAGUCUCUUACAGACGUUAUAGUAUCAAAGAUGUUGAAGGUGCAACCAAUGGUUUUUCUGAUGAUCUAAAGAUUGGGGAAGGAGGUUAUGGACCUGUUUACAAAGCUGUCCUCCAUUACAAUUCUGUCGCCAUUAAGAUCAUGAAGUCAGGUAUCACAGAGGGACUGAAACAGUUCCAACAAGAGAUUGAGGUUCUGAGUAGCAUGAGACACCCUAAUAUGGUGAUCCUUCUCGGUGCAUGUCCCGAGUUAGGUUGUCUCGUUUAUGAGUAUAUGGAAAAUGGAACACUUGAAGAUCGCAUCUUCUGCAAAAACGAUACACCUCCACUUUCAUGGAGAGCAAGGUUCAGAAUCGCUGCUGAGAUUGCCACAGGACUUCUUUUUCUUCACCAGGCAAAACCUGAGCCCCUAGUUCAUCGUGAUCUGAAGCCAGCAAACAUUCUGCUUGAUAAAAAUUUCACUAGUAAGAUCAGUGAUGUCGGUCUAGCUCGCUUGGUGCCUCCCUCUAUGGCUGAUGAUUCUUUCAGUAACUAUCACAUGACUUCUGCAGCCGGUACAUUUUGUUACAUCGACCCUGAGUAUCAGCAAACCGGAAUGCUUGGAGUGAAAUCUGACCUCUAUUCCUUUGGUGUAGUGCUUCUGCAAAUCAUAACAGCGAUGCCAGCAAUGGGUUUAACCCAUAAAGUAGAGAUGGCAAUUGAAAAUAAUAAGCUCAGAGAAAUUUUGGAUCCAAAAGUAUCAGAAUGGCCUGAAGAAGAGACUCUGGAGUUGGCUAAAUUGGCUUUGCAGUGCUGUGAACUGAGGAAAAAAGACAGACCUGAUCUUGCUUCAGUACUGUUACCAGCUCUAACCAGGCUAAGAGAGUUUGCAACAGAGGAUCAUGAACGUAUCCAGGACAGAACAUAUGUGUCACAUGUACACAAUUCAGUUUCGCUUCCCCAGUUUCCUCCCCCUCAGAUCAACAAGAAGCUGACUGUGGCAGUACCUGCGACCCACGAAGAACUUGAUCCGUAUAGGAGCAGUAAUCAUUCCAUAUCAAGAAGAAGUCGACCUCCAAGAUCACAUACAAGCCAGAGCAAAGGCAAGCGUUGGUCUUUUAUGAGUUGUGUUCCAUCCAAAGUUCAGUGGGGUGAUCUCCCGUAGUGUGUGGGAGUUCCUUAAAGAGUUUUGUUCAUGUAAAAUGCAACACUAUUAAAGAUUUGUUUGUUUAUUAAUGGAAGAUCCUCGUUUGAUGCACAAAUCAAAUCAAAUCGUCGUCUUGCAGGAACAUGUAUGCUAUUAUAAUAAAGUGUUACUCUUGUUACGUUA